UUAAAUCGUUGGCUUAACUUCACACACAAACAAAGGCGUUUUGAAGUGGAUACAGAGAGAGAGAGAGAUGGGGUUCGUGCUUUGAGACUCUCCCCAGAUUUCGUCAAUUUUUUAAGCCUUUCUACUCUUUCAAGAUGUCGGAGGGAAUCGCACAGUCCUCGCGGUACGUGAAGCUUAAGAAGGAUCAGGCGCCAGUGGAGGAUAUUACGCCCGGAGAGCUCAAUCAACCAAUUGAGGUUCCUCAGUUGAUUGUUCACAGAUGCAAUGAGUGUGGGCAACCCCUACCUGAAAGCUACCAGCCCCCAGCUGAUGAAGAUUGGACAACUGGAAUUUGUGGCUGUGCCGAAGAUAGGGAGAGUUGCUGGACUGGGCUGUUUUGCCCCUGUGUGUUGUUUGGGCAUAAUGUUGAGCAACUGAGAGAAGAUAUCCCCUGGACCAAUGCUUGCGUUUGUCAUGCCUUAUGUGUUGAAGGUGGAAUGACACUUGCUGCAGCAACAGCACUUUUCCAUGGCAUUGAUCCCAAAACGUCAUUUCUCAUUUGUGAAGGCCUGCUAUUUACUUGGUGGAUGUGUGGUAUCUAUACUGGCCUGUUUCGGCAAUCAUUGCAGAAGCAGUAUCAUCUCAAGAACUCACCGUGUGACCCAUGCCUGGUGCACUGCUGCAUGCACUGGUGUGCUAUAUGUCAGGAGCAUAGGGAGAUGAAGGGACAUCUAUCCAGUAAUUCUGCCAUGCCCAUGACCAUUGUUAAUCCUCCUCCAGUUCAAGAGAUGGAUGCAGGUGGAAACCAGGAAGCUGCACCGUCUUCUAAAAAUGGCACCGAACACACCACCAUGGAGAUACAGCCUUUGUAGGAUUUGCCUCUUGCUGUAUACAGAACUCAAAACAGCAUUUUUGUCCCUUUUUUUUUUGGGGUAUAUUUUUGUUUUUUGGAUUUGAAGCAAAACAAAGUAUGUGAGACUCCAGGAUGCUUGAUGGUAUCAAAAGUGCUGAAUUCGCAGGUUGUUGAUAGAAA